AUGUAUGCGCCUGGACGUGUAGACAGCGACCUCUCUACCGACUGGUUAGGGCAUGCGCACAAGCGUAGCAGACGGAUCACGCCUCUCACCUUCAAGAAAAGGAGGAGCGGCGCAUCGAGUUCGAACAUGCGCCGCAGAUCGAUCUGGCUGAUUGCUCUCGCUUGCGCUGCCAUACUCUGCGCGAAGCCCACACUGGCUCGAGAGGAGGCGAGCGUCAAUUUUCAGUCAAGAGAUGUGCUCGCUGCGCGACAAGCCUCAAGCCAGAGUGAGGCGCUGGGCAGCACGUCAGGCUCGUUGUCAGCGUUGCCCUCCGAAGCUACUGAAGGCAUCACCUUUGUUCCUUCCAACACGCUGAGCAACGGUUCCUCGAUCUCCACUCUGGGACCAGGAGAGGCGACCAGUACGAUUUUGUAUCCCACUUCUAGCUCGGACGGCUCCGAUGAAGAUUCGGUGGCUCAGUUGCCAACUGGAGUGAGCAGGAUGGAGGGACAGCCAACACCCACGAGCUCCGGCCAGCCGCACGAUCCUCUGCUGGCCAUCAUGCCCGACUUUGCAUUCAGCAUGCCCGCUCAGAUUGUCGCCAACGGCAUCAACUUGGCGCUCGUCACCAUUCUUGGCAUUCACCUGCUCUUCACGGCUCAGUACCACUACCCACUGAGCUCGAGAAAUUACCUCUUGCAAGCAGUCAGCACAGCAAUGCUUCUUAUCAGCCUAAGCGUGCAACUGAACAUUGUCCUCAGGAAGCUCCACCAUCAAAGCCACACGUGGCCUUACAUGUUCGCAUACAUCGGUGUUCAGAUUCCCCCUCAGGACGGCACCUGGACGACGGUGCAGGAGGCCUUUUUCCUGCUCAUGCGUGCUUGCACAACUGCACUGGCACAUGUGAGUCGCAAACCUCUUUGGCCUUAAGCUGCGUCAAAGCAUUGACCCUCUUUCGCCUUUUACUGUCCUCAGUUGACGCACAUUCAAUUCUUGACGCUGCUGUUCCCAUCGGCGCUGGAGGCGCGUUUGAUAUUGUGGAUGUUGGGCCCGCUGGCUCUUGCGGCUUCUGGCAUGGAGUUCACCGCUCUCUCCUCAUCUGACGACGUCAAAACCUCAGACCUUGGAGAUGCAAUUCGGAACAUUUGCAACAGCACAUUGACCCUGCUCUACACUUCUGCGCUGCUGAUCUGGGGCCUCUUGGUGAAUCGCAGAAGAGCCUGGAGGACAGAUGGAGGGACAGCUGCUUUUGGUGGUGGUAGCGUUGGGUUGGCCAUCAUCAACACGGCCAUCAGCUUUGUUGAGAUCGCCUUUGAUCGCGUUUGGUGGCUGCCGGACAUGUGUUGGACACUGACAAUCUGGCAAAGCUGGCUCGGCUUCUGGUGGUGGGUCGGCUCAGGCAUGGUGAGUAUCGCGUCGAUGGUGAUGCACACCUGCGCAGGCUCACAUGCGUUGGCCACGCGCAUUCUACAGGGCAUUGGUGAGGUGGAAGACAGAGUCGAGCGACAAGAGCGCUUGCGCAAGCGUGAAGAACGCAUCAAACGCAAGCGGGACCGAGAAGAGCGACAUCGGAGGAAGGCCGAGGCUGCCGCUGCUACAGCCGCUGCGAAUGGCACUGAAGCUGGCAGUGGAGCUGAUGGCGACACUGCUUUGAUAGGCCACAUGAGGAGAUUCAAAGACAAGAUGGUUGGCGAGACGAACGCUAGAUUGCGAAGACCACAUCACGGUUCAUCUUCUGAACCCAACGAGGAGAUCGAAUUGGAAGGCGUCUCGGGAAGUGAGGCGCGCAACGCUGCAGAAAGGAGGCAUUCACCCGAAGCUGAUUUGCGAGGUGUGGAGGUGCACGAUGAGGCCCGCAAUGGGCCUCCAGGCACGGUCGUGGGAAGCAACAACCCAGCGGAUGAUGCCUUGACUACAGCUGGAUCCUCCAGCGAUACCCAUCCCACAUCCACCUCCGCUCCGGGCUGGUUCCAACCGCUGGGACAGGCGCUCAUCUCCUACACGCCCAGUUGGAUCACGCGUCGUUACAACAGAUUGAGAAGAGCCCACGAAGUGGCAGCUCGUCGAGCAGCUACCGAGCAGUCUGUGCUCCGGGAUCAGAUGUUGCACGCGUCUAGGUCGACGAAUGGACCCGGACUGAGGCACAUGAUGUUUGAUCCGCGCAUCGAGCGUCGAAUGGGCAUGGAUGAGGGAGAGGCUCGGAGGAGCAAUAGCGCCAGAAGGUCCGCAACGCAGGUCCGGCACGUGCCCGCUUUGGGUCUGGACGGACAUGCAGGAGCGGCCAAUCUGAGCGCUGAAGCUACCGAAAGCAUGGGCCGCGAUAGCAGCGGCACCCUUUCAGGGGAAGGCACGGGCAAUGCCACGAGCACAGAUCAGAGGACAUCUUCAUCUGAAUCUCGGAAUAGGGACACACCGCAAGCUUCGCCCACGAUGACCUUCCGUGAAGUUGGUCAAACUACUUCCGCUCGCUCUUCGUCUCGCGAGCAAAGUCGAUCGAGAACUCGAUCGGCACAUCAUCUAUCUACACCACCAAGCGCCGUGGCGCAAGAGGCCCGCCCAACGACAACGACGACGACAGGAUCCGAAAAUCCCUUCUCGACGCCCCGAAUCGAGGCGCGGGGAGCAGGAGCUCGUCCUCAUGAGGAGGACUGGCUCGACGAAGGACCGGUCAUCAUUUCUGGGGGUGGUAGAGCAGACGAUUACGAUGACCCACCAGCAAGCCGUGCAGGAGCUCCUUCAGGACGCGAGCGCCAAUUCGCUGAGAGCCAGGCCUCAGCGACAGCGCGACACGAUCCCACUCGCGGUGAUGCAGGCACUAGCCCGCGCUGGGCCUUCGCGAAUAGCAUUCGACAGCUUCGAAGGACGGACAGGUCUCAUUAUCCUUGA